AUGUUGCUUAAAGGCUUCUUAUUGUCCAUUGUCUUGUACAUUGUCUACUUGCUGGGUGUGGGUUUCAAUCAAGGCGAAGGCCAUCUGAAUAUCAGCUGGAAGGAGGCACAGAACGAGGUCAAGCAAGCCUUUGUUGAUUCCUGGCAUUCGUAUGAAAAGAAUGCCUGGGGUGCCGAUAUAUAUCACCCAAUCACGCAAACUGGAGAAAAUAUGGGUCCAAAGCCCUUGGGCUGGAUGAUUGUUGACAGCUUGGACACCAUGAUGAUGAUGGGGUUGACGGAUGAAACCGCCAGAGCCCGCAAAUGGAUCAAGAAGGAAUUGACCUACGACUUUGACUACGAUGUCAAUGUAUUUGAAACCACCAUCAGAAUGUUAGGUGGGUUGUUGUCCGGAUUCUACCUCUCCAAGGACGAUGUCUACCUUGACAAGGCUACCGACUUGGCCAACCGAUUGCUCGGAGGCUUCAAUACCCCAAGCGGCCUUCCAUAUGCGUCGGUUAAUUUAAAAACUGGUAAGGGGAUUAAGAACCACGUUGACUCUGGCGCUUCGUCUACGGCCGAAGUGGCCACCCUCCAGUUGGAAUUCAAGUAUUUAGCCAAGUUGACCGGUGAAAAGAUGUACUGGGACAAGGUUGAAAAGAUCAUGGAAGUGUUGGAACGUAACCAGCCGGAAGCCGGGUUGGUUCCAAUUUACGUUAAUCCGGAUACUGGGAAGUUCAAGGGUAACUUGAUCAGAUUGGGCUCCAGGGGUGACUCGUACUACGAAUACUUGUUGAAACAGUUCUUGCAAACCAAUCGACAGGAGCCCGUCUAUUACGACAUGUACCUCGAGGCGGUACAGGGGAUCAAAAAGCACUUGACGCGCAAGUCACAGCCUAACGGUUUGACCUUUAUCGGCGAAUUAGAAAGAGGCAUUGGCGGCGAGCUCUCCCCAAAGAUGGACCACUUGGUCUGCUUCAUCGGUGGUUUGUUGGCAUUGGGUGCCACUGAGGGUUUGCCUUACAACGAUGUGAGAAAGUCUGGCUGGUGGAGCUCCUCCCGCGAGUCUGAAUUGCAUUUCGCCAGAGACAUUACGCACACCUGUUACAAGAUGUACCAGGAUGUGUCAUCGGGCUUGUCACCUGAAAUUGUUGUCUUUAAUACUGACGCAAAGAGCAAGGAAGACUUUUACAUCAAGCCCCUUGACAGACACAACCUCCAGAGACCUGAAACCGUGGAGUCCUUGUUCGUCUUGUACAGAAUCACCAAGGAUCCGAUCUACAGACGCUGGGGCUGGGAGAUUUUCCAAUCGUUUAAGAAGCACUCCCAGUAUAUUCACGAGGACGGCGAGGUUACAUACACCUCUUUGAAGGAUGUGACCACGGACCCACCAGUGAAAAAGGAUGAAAUGGAAUCCUUCUGGCUCGCUGAAACCUUAAAGUACCUCUACUUGUUGUUUGACGACGAGGACACCAUGCCGUUGGACAAGGUGGUCUUUAAUACUGAGGCGCACCCGUUCCCCAAGUUCGACUUGGGCACAUUGUUCGAAACUGGCUGGACAGCUGCCGCCCCUGUUGAGGUUAAUCCCGAGGCUGGCCAGCCACUCCCAAGGAAGGCUUUGGACACGCCAAUCAAGGCUAUUCCUAAGGCCGCUGAACCGGCCAAGCCAAUUGACCAGGUUGCUAGAGAAGCUGCGUUGGAUAAUCCGGAAAUCUUGAUGGGCCCGAGGGAUGAUGCGAAGAUGAAAGAACUUGAGGGCGAUUUGGAAGAUCUAGCAAAGCACGACGCCUAGUUCGUGUUCCAUUUCGAAGUUCAAAAUUAUUGCUUGCGUACACUAAUCUUUUCAUUCGCUUCUUAAAAUACUAAUAUGCUAUAUUUUUAGCCUUGGAAAGCCACCAAAAUGUAACAUGAUUUCCAUCCCAUGAAUAAUCAGUCCUGUUUCGGGCUUCGGCCCGGAUCAUACAAUACGUCGUAUGCAGGCUACGCACCGGUAUCUGCCGGGGCUCGCAUUGUGAUGCUGCCCGGCCAAUAGUCUGUACAAGUAUCAUGUGUAUUGG